AUGAUAGAGCACUGCCUUAAUGUAGCUAACUAUCAUUCUCAAAGUACAAAUGUGAAGGAGUCCAUCUCCGGUGAUGAGCUGCGUCGCCACUGGGUUGGUCGUUCCCGGGGCCGCAUAAUCACGGAGCGUUUCCAUUAUCUUCCCCUGACGGCCGGAGUUGCUGCAGAUCGCGCCUGCAUAAAACAGCAUGUUUUGUGCGACAUUGAAAAUGGGAGGGCCUACUUUCUGCCGGGUUCCCAAAUGGGGUAA